UGUGACUGCACGAUGAUGCAGUGGAUGGGUGAUGUUGAGCCAAUGUCAAUUUAUAGUUGGUUCGUCUCGUUUGUGUCGUCUCUUUACCAUGUUUUCCCUCAAAGUCUAUUCAAAUUAGCAUAUUUUCAAGUCGGAUUGCCAUAAGAGGAAUCAGGGAAUACCAUAAAGUCUUACAAAUAAAGAGUAUACUAGACGGCGUGUGUCUGUUGUUGCAUUUUUGUUUUUGUCACUUUAUCUUAAGAUUUUCUCUUAUACUUUUUUACUCACAAUGGCUGAGACAAGACUUGCUUCCCUGGAUGACUCGAUGGCGAGCCGGCUACCGGUGCACUCGCAGACGCUCUUCGACGCCAAGACGGCCAAGAAGCUCACCUUUGAGGCCAUCGCCUCCAAGCUCGGCAGGAGCGAGGUGGCCGUGGCGGGCAUGUUUUACGGACAGGUCCAGGCGUCGGAAGAGGACGUCGAUGCGCUCUCGGAGCUCCUGGGCGUGCCCAAGGAGUCGCUGUCCAAGAUGACAAACUUUCCGGAUCGGGGCCGGUCGGGCCCCAUGCCGCCGGUCGAGCCGCUCAUCUACCGGCUGUACGAGGUUGUGCAAAACUACGGCUACUCGUUCAAGGCGGUCAUGAAUGAAAAGUUUGGCGACGGAAUCAUGAGCGCCAUUUGCUUCCAGACAAACGUCGAGAAGGAGGUGGACGAGCAGGGCGCGACUUGGGCUGUCAUCACCCUCAGGGGGAAAUGGCUCCCCUUUACUCGAUUCUGAUUUUGUGGCCGUUUCUGGUUGGGAUAAAAAAAGACUCCGAAGUAUUCUGAUGUUGGGUUGCUAUUAAUGAUCUCAUCGUGGAACAGAAGCAUAAUACCAAGCUAGCCCCUUACAUGCUUGGAUAUAGAACCUGCCUGUUGCGUCGGAGACCAGUCUGCUUUUGCUACCAACCAAUAUGUGACGGUUUUGUCAAUUCGUCAACUCUAAGCAUGUUAAACCUUUCUAGAAUAUACUUUUUUUUCUGAAUUCGUCUUGUCUUUGCUCACCUUUGGUAUCCUUUCGUGGUUGUCUGUCGCAGAGGAAUGGCCUUGGGUGGCGUUGAACAAUACCAAGGAAUAUUAAGGGGGGCGAAAAAAAG